CGUUGACAAGAAACGUCACAGAUCUUGCCCGAUUGAAUCGACUCUCCAUAUUGAUUAGGGAUUAUUUGCGAAUAACAUACAUUGCCUUUGACAGGGAGACACCGUUCAUUGUGUUACUGGAGUGUUAGCGACAUAUCAUCAUUUCAUUUUUCUUAAACUGGACUUACUUCUGGAUGUACACCCAUUAUGAUACUUGAAGCCAUGCGGACUAAAAGUCGUGAGAGACCGCCGAGCAGUUUGGCGAUGUCUGCGAAAGAGCGAUACGAUCCCUUGCUUUGGCCAGAGCGUGCGAAGCCUGGUGAUAUUGAGACAUGUGCUAGUAGGUUGAGUAAUGUGACAUUUCUCUCCCUUCCAGUGGGCAAGUGCCCUCUAGAUGACUACCCCAUGACCGUGGACCGCGGCCAGGUUACCAGGACCAUGUGUGAUGUACGCCGGUUGAAACGCAAGGAUCAAAAUAAUCUGCUGAAAGCUUCCCAAGUGAGUGAGACUCUGUACCGGCACAGUCGACGGAUGUUCAACUAUGCGCUGAGUAGGGCUGGGGAAAUUGACCAGGUGGAUUCGCCCAAUGCGAAAGCUACUCAAAGCCAGUGCUUCUCAGGCCCGACCAGGGCUGGUAGCCCUAUAUACUAUAAAAGGAUCCAGGUCAUGAAUGACAUCAGAACCAGGCCCGUCACAGUGCCCCCUGAUGCCAAGCGGUUGAUGCAUGAACGGGGCGGAAAGAUGCUGCCAGUUAUCAAACGAACAUUGGCACGAAGCAACGAGGACUUCCGAGUUCAAAUCAUCCCCAUGCCGCCGAGAUCUGCAUGUCCGAGCCAGAUGUCUAGUCACCCAGAUGUGCUGCUGGUGCCAAAUGCAUCAAUGGUCGAGGACAGAGAACAAGAAGUUGCAGACGACAUGAACGAUGACGCCAUGAAAGCUCCCGACUCCGUUGAGGAAGAACCUGAAGUGAUUCCAGUUAAAUCCAAAAAGAGUUUGUCUACAAAACAUGGCGGUGGCAAACGACGGGUAACCAAACAUUGGGUUGAUGAACUCACAGUGUCCAGUGAUGGGUCAAAUCGUGACCAGCAGGACCAAAAGACAGCAGGACAAACGACACAAAACCAAGGUCAAGGUCAAGAAAAUGCAAAUUCGGUCGAGAGAAAACUAAAUGGGGAAGUCGAAAAUGUGAACUUAGACAAUGCGUUUCAGGUAAAAAUGGGUGAGAAUGGUGAAAUAAGAAGUUCCGAUGCACUGCCAGACAGGGAUAAUUUUAUUCUGACUCUUCAAGAAUUACAAGAGAAACAGUUGACCCUCCCAGAGUUCAAAUGUCCCAGCUCCGAGGAGAAGUCGCGUGAAUAUGCUAUUCGAGAAUGGUUAAAACACACCUCGUUCACGAUUGGAAAUCGUAAUGUGCCACUUUUUUAACCAAUGAUGUAUAUACGUAUAACGUCAACUAUUAUUCAUAUCGAAUUGGGAGGUUUAUGGGGUAACUGAUAAAUCUCGAAAUAAAAUCAUGGAAACGAAACGAAACGAAAUCAUUUUCUCUCCAAUACGCUUGGAUUCAGGGCUUUUUCGGAAAUUUAAAAAUUACCCGGCGGUGCGUUUUGAUGACACUUCCCUUCAACCAAGAUAAACUCGUUGUUUCCAAAAUUUUAACUGUUAACAUGGUGAAUGCCGUAAUUGAUACUGAGAUCAAAAUGGGCAAAAUGUUAACACUGGGGUCUCAUAUCUGUAUCCAUUGGCAUUUGUCGAAUUAUCAGCUCAUUCAAUGAUUACGAGGUUGACAUUCUAAUGCAAGCCUGAGGUGCACGUAUAAUGUUUCUAAUUUCAUAGAACUGCACGUAAAUUGUACAGGACUCAAUACGUUUGCACAUACGUGCAUGCCAUAAACAUAUAAAAUGUAACUACGCUAAAAAUUAUAAUGUUUUUAAAAAAUUGUAGUUCUUUUUUUGUUUUCUGGGUUCCUGUGUACAAAUUGGAGUAAAUUCUUUUUUCAGCCUAAAAGGUUUGGAGGAUUGCAAUUUCCUGUUAAUCUGUCGUAGAUAUAUUAGCUCGACACACAUGCCACAAGUACAUGGACAUUUUACAUGUAUAGUAAAUAUCAUUUGACAAUUUUUACCCUUACCGGAUAGAAUGUAAAAAUAGCUUUGUCGCCUCUCAAUUCAGAAAAAAGCACGAAUCUGAUUACACCUCUCGAAAUAAAUAGCCAGCACAUCAUAGAUCUUUAAAAUAGAAAACUUAAAUAAAGACACCCUUAAAACCUUUUUACAUGAGUGGUUUGAUAUCCUAGUAAUUAAAACAGGAAUAAUUUUGCUCUAGACAUAUUCUUAAUGAUUUAGUCUAGU